GAGUCUCUAUAUGAACAACAACUUCAAAAUUAUAUUAAUUAUAUAAUAUAUGGGUUACAACAAGUCCAAUUAAAAGCUAAACAAAAUAUUAAAGUUGCUCAAGAAAAACAAAAGGAAUAUUAUAAUGAAUCUAUAAAGAAAAAACAAUUUUAUAUAGGUGACAAAGUAUUAUUAUAUCAAUCAGCUCAAGCUAAGGUUCAUG